AUCCGGUCCAGGAGCGGUCUAGCAGGUCCAGCAGCUCCGGUUCGAGUCCAAGAUGGUUCCCGAGCGAGUCCGAAGAGUCCAACUCACCUACCGAAGGUCAGAGACGAUCCGAUGAGCUUGAUGAGCGCGAUUGGAACACCAUGGUGACUCGAUUAGAAUCGAGAAAGGCCAAGUCUAGCCACCCAUUAGACUUUGAGAAGGUAUGGUUACCGUAUGAACAUAAAACAAUUAUUUUGUCACGUCUUCUAAUCACAUCACAACAUAAUACCCACGUGUACACAUCUUUCAUUAGCCAAGGAAUGGGGAUUCAUUACCCUAACUCAUGGGGGUACGUGCCAUACGACAAGGCAGGCCUUUCAUUAGGUCUUACGGAGACUUACCUCGCAAGCACACAAAACAAAGUCAAACAGGUCAAAGGCACUGGGGCGCUGUGCUGCGGGCGCUGGGGCGCUGUGCUGCGCGCUGGGCGCGGUGAUGCGGAAGUAGCUAGGCAGCUCAAGAACGUCGCAAGUCGAGCCUACCAUGCACGCAGGAGACAAGCACGGUUGACGGCGGAAGUACGCACAUUAACAGGUGAGAAUGGGCCACACAUGGAUAUGCGAUCGGUGCGCACGGAUGGCGUGCAUGGCGAAAGUGGGCAGGACGCGCAGGCCGCGGUGCUGGCCAGCGCGAUCGCGGAAGGUUCGCGUGGCGAGGAAGCACGCGCAUCCUCAUACCUCGAAUUGUGCGUAAUGGUGGGAAGGCACGCACGCGAGGAGGCAGCCGGGGGCGAAAGCACGCGCGAUACGUUGGAUGGGGGAGCACGCACGAUGCGCGAGACCAUACUCCUAGCGGAAUGCGGAGUGGCGGAGCAGCACGUGCACGGUAAGGCGGCCAGCGGCAUAGCCGUGUGCGACACGCUGGGAGGGCGUGCACGCGCGGAGGAGGAAGGCGGUGCCCUAGUACGAGUAGCUAAUGGUGAGAGGCUGCAAUGCACUGAAUCCUUUCGAAAGGUGCCAGUCAGGUUCAGCGGAGUUACGGUGAAGGCUGAUCUCUAUGCCUUACCUUUGGUUGGGCCGGAUGUCGUCCUAGGAGUACAGUGGCUCGAAGGGUUAGGCAAGGUGACCACCGAAUAUCGAACAAGAAUUAUGGAGUUCAACUCCGGAGGUCAGCAAGUCACUCUGAGUACUGGCAAUGAAAAAG